UUCAGGUAUGACUUCCAAUAUUAAAUUAUUAAGAUUAUUUUGAGUGUCUCCACUGACUUGUAAGGUGCACAGAAAUUGCUUUAGUUCAGCUAAAGGUGGUAGCUGAUCUAAAAUCAUUUCAUUCAGUAGUCCCGAGCACUUUCCUAGUUCUCGUUGACGGAAUGAAUUAAUCUCAUAAUUUUCAAAUGUUUCACGAUGAAACAUGAUGGCACGUAGGCAGAACCAUGUCUGUGCUUCAACUUUUGUCACUUUAAGAAUUUCAUCACCUUCAACAGAUGUCCAUUUUCCGUCUAUAUAUUUUUCAAAUCCUUUAAGUCUUCGCAUCCACGGUCGAACAGCUAAAAGUUCACUUAGCAUGCACGGAACAUCAUGCGUUUGAGUCAUUCUUCUUGCUGCACUUAUUGACAAUGAUGAGAUUUUAUCACUUAAAUAACUCAAGAUUGUGAUGCUCUUCAUUCCAAUAUUAAAGAUAAUGUCAUCUCGUUGGUUCUUCAAUUCGACACUUCUUUCAAUUUCUUCUUUAGGGUCAAAGACUUUAUGGCUAUAUCCUGAAUGACAUAGACCAAUUAAUUGAGUAAUUGAGUAUACACAAUAGUCAAUCAAAUCCACGACUAGUUCACCAAGACUUUCGGAACUGCUCUCAUGGUAACAAACGGUUUCUAGUAAAGAAACUGCAAUCAAUUCGUGAUACAAGACAGUAUAGAUGAAAAAUGUUGCAGAUAUUUCGCCUGAUUCCAAUAACUUUGGCAAUACUUUCGAACGCCAUACAGAAAUAGAAUAAGCUUCAUGGAUCAAUACUGGAAGUUUCUCUUGGAUCACAAUAAUUUCCUUGACGACUUCUUCUUGGUGAGUCGAUGCUUCAAUAAUAGACUGUUGAUUUAAUUUGAGUAAUUUUUCAUGAACUUCAAGCCACGAUUUUGUUCCAAUAUCAUUGAUAUCGAACUCUUUUAUUGAAUGUAUAAAUAUAUCAAUUUCCUCUGGAUUAACAAUAUUCUGGAACAUUUUUAAAUAUCUUUGUAGGACUUCUUUUAUUAAUUUAACAAAUUCAGUUGCUAAGAAACAAAAAUAGGUGUCGAUAAAGCAGAUUGCUAUAAUCUUUUAAUAAAAUUAUUACUUAAUGCAUGCUUAGGCAAGUUAAGACAUUGAUGCUGAAUUAAGAUCCAGAAGCAUCUAGGUCUUUACAAAAUCAUUAAAAUAAAUGUAAUUAAAAAUAUAGUACUUUAUUCUUGAGCUUUCUCACAUAAAAUCAUCAGAAUCAUUAUCAUCAUCAUAGUUCGUUGACAUUUUUUCAGGCUUGUGCAAACUAGAAUAGCUCUUCAUUUCUGCCUCUUCCAACUUCUUUUUUAGCAUAUCCUUCUCUCGUUCCUUAUGUUCUCGAACAACUUUCUUCCUAUCCUGCCUUUCAAGUCCAUCUCUUUCUUCACGCUGCUGCUGAAAGUUUGGAUGUUCCUCAAUUUUUGUCUUGUUCAGUCGGUUAACGACUUCAUUAAUACGUCUUUCUACUCUCAUUUUCCUUACAAGCUUAGGAUUAUGGAAUGAAACUUGUCCAACUUCCAUUGACGGAGUUUUCUUCAAAUUAUCCCACAUUGUAUAUACUAUAUCAAUAUUGUUCAUCUUGUUGCCAUUAAUAGAGUUUGCUUUACUAAUAAUUGACACGCAUCAAUUAAUACAUCUUGAUGAAUAUCGUCUAAAGUUUGAUUCUUUUGCAAUCUUAAGUAUACGUGAGCGGAAGAGACAUUAUCAACAUGGAACCAGACAUCUUCAGGAAAUCCCCAUUUAAUUAAAUCCUCGUCUAAAGAAUAAAUAGUUUUGUUAAAAUUCGAAAAGAUGAAAAUUCACACAAUUUUCAUUGUAACUUACUUUCGUACUUAUCAAUUCCCAUAAAUAGCUUAACAGGCGGUGAAGUUACAUUACUUGUGAAAUAGAAAACCAUUGUAGAUUUUUGUUAAUUAAGGAUUUUGUAAAAUGUAAAAAAAUCACUGAAAUGUUGAGGUGAAAAAUGUUUUUUUUUGCAAUGUAAACAUUGAACCCUUUAAAAACUACGCUGUUUUAAAAUUUCAAUGACUGGAUGUUGAUUAAAAUUAAAUGAUCAUGGAUUUAGAGCCUCAGAAAAUAAUUAAACUAGACGAGAGUGUUGUUAAUCGUAUUGCUGCUGGAGAAAUUGUUCAGGCACCUGUUAAUUGUGUAAAGGAAUUGGUAGAAAACUGCAUAGAUGCUAAAGCCAAACACAUACAGAUUAUACUAAAAAUGGGUGGAUUGAAGAGCAUUCAAAUUUUAGACAAUGGAUGUGGAAUAUUGAAAGAGAACCUGCCUAUUCUAUGUGAACGGUUCACGACAAGUAAAUUGAAGAAUUAUGAGGACCUGCAGCAAAUUGGAACUUAUGGAUUUAGAGGUGAAGCUUUAUCAAGUAUUAGCAUGAUCAGCCGGUUGACUCUUCAGACCAAAACGAGAGACGAGAUUUUAGCUUACAAAGUAAAGUAUGAUAACGGUAACAUGAUAGGAAAUCCAAUGCCAUGUGCAGGAAAUCAGGGAACAAGUAUAACAAUUGAAGAUCUCUUUUAUAACGUUCCAAUCAGACAGAAGACAUUAAAAUCAUCAUUCGAUGAGUUUGCCAAGAUAUUCGAUUGUAUUGCCAAAUAUGCUGUCCAUAACUAUAAAAUAUCAUUUACACUAAAGAAGCAUGGCGAAAAUAAUAGCAUUAAGACACAAAUAUCUGAAUCUCCAAUCGAUAUUGUAAGAGUUAUUUAUGGAAAUGAAGUAGCAAAUUCUCUUCUUAAGGUCCAAGCUGGUGAUGAAAACUUAAAAUUCAAAAUGGAAGGAUGCAUCUCAAAUGCUAAUUAUUCAGGCAAGAAAGGACAGUUCCUUUUAUUCAUUAAUCACAGACUUGUUGAAUCAAAAAAUUUAAAGAAAGCUAUAUUUGAUGAUUUAUAUCGAACAGUGCUGCCAAAUACAGUCCAACCAUUCAUUUAUAUGAGCAUUGAAAUUGAUCCAAGAAAUGUAGACGUAAAUGUGAGUCCAACAAAACAUGAAGUGUCCUUCCUUAAUGAAGACUUAAUUGUUGAGAAUAUUAAGAAAGAAGUUGAGGCAGUGCUGCUUAAAACUAAUGAGACAAGAAAGAUGUACACUCAACAGUUACUUCCUGGAGCAGCAAAUAUUAUUUUUGAAACAUCCUUUAAAGAAAAAGACAAGAUUUAUGCCAAGGACAUGAUCAGAACUGAUCCGAAAUCACAGUCAAUUAUCAAGUUCCUUAAUCAAUCCACAGAAAGUCAAAAUGUAUCACAAAUAGUUCAAAGCUCACCAGAAUCUCGAAAAAUGCAAAAGAAACAAAUUGAAUCAACAAGAUUGUCGUCUAUAAAGGAACUAAUAUCAGAUGUUGAGACAAACUGCAAUGACAAUUUAAAGGAACAACUGAGAAAUUUAAAGUUUGUUGGAAAUGUCAAUCGAUCAAAGAGCUUGAUACAAUGUGAGAAUAUCCUUUAUUUAUGCGACAAUUGUCGACUAGGAUGGGAACUAUUUUAUCAGCUGUCAUUAAAGUAUUUUGAGAAUUUUGAUGUCUUUGAAUUUGAAGAUCCACUAGAUAUUAAGGAACUCGCAAUGAUUGGAUUUAAUUUAGAUGAAUGCUCAUGGAAUGAGGAAGAUGGUCCAAAAGAGAAUUUAUCAGACCAAGUUGCAAAAAUUUUAUUGGAACGGAAGGAAAUGCUACAAGAAUAUUUCUCGAUUACAAUAACUGAUAAAGGAUUAGAAUCACUUCCAAUAAUAAUUCCUGACUAUGCUCCAGUCUUUGGCCAUUUACCGAUGUUUAUUGUUCGACUAGCUGCUGAUGUAAAUUAUGAUGAUGAGAAAGAAUGCUUUAAAAAUAUUUGUAGUGAAUUAGCGACGUUCUACUCGAAAUGGUCUUUGAAAGAAUCAAAUGAGAAGGAAUUUGAUUAUUUGAUGGAGCAUGUGAUUUUUCCUAAAAUCCAGGCACAAUUGCAGCCACCAAAAAAGUUUGUAGAUGAUGAAACAUUUUUAAAAUUGACGAGUUUACAGGAACUGUACAAAGUGUUUGAGAGAUGUUAAUUAAUACUAAUAAAUUUUUUGUCCUCAUUUAAUUAAACUGAAGAUCAGGCUGUUUAAAUCUUUCUUCCUUCCUUUCGUUCUUGACAUGUUUCUUUAGCAUAUCCAUUAUUUCAUUGUUAUACUCUGCUGGUAUCUCUUUAAUAUUUGUUGCGUAAUAGUAUAUAUCCCAAUCAUUUGAUACUUGAUUAAUUAAAUUAUCAUAAAGAUCCAGUUGAUUUUCGCUCAUCUUAUUCAGGUAUUCAGACGCAAAAGUGCUUAAAAUUAAUCCAUUCUCUAACAUUCCGCGUUUCCUUGACUGAUAUAGUAAUCUAGCACGUUUAACAUCUGUUGUCUCGUUCUGUUUCAUCUGAUAUUUUGGAACUGGAAGUGAUUUAUCAGGCAUAUCGAUCAUAUCCGUAUAAUUUCUAGUUAAUGCGAUCGAGUUGACAAAUCGUGAUUUUAAAGUAUUCUUUAAUAUGUAUCUUAACGA